AUGGAAAACAACAAAUCUGGAGAAAAUGCAAAAUCUUUUCUGGAUUCAAAGGAUAAGAGAGGGAAAAUGGAUGACGAUGAUGACGACGAUGAUAAAAAAAAGAAACACGAUAAGGACAAGCAAAACGGUAAUCAUAAAAAUAGCCGAGGAACUGCCCAAAGGGAAAAAGAUGGCAAGAACAAUAAUACGAAACGCGGCGGUCACGAUGACGAUAGGGGCCAGAUGAAUGGCGGAGGAAAAAAUAGUGAUAAAAACGGCGACCCCAAAGUAGGGGCCCCCGCGGACGAUUCCAAUCUCAAUAAUGAUUCUGCCACUCCUAUGACUUCCAACCCUCCUAUGACGUCCAACGCUCCUAUGACAUCCAACCCUCCUAUGAAUUCCAUUCCCCCGAAAACCCCCAAUGUUACGAAGAGGAAGGAACGCAAAAACAAAAGCAUUUCGCUGAGCGAUACCAGCGCGAGGCACUCGAAAGACAAGGGCGAUAAGGCGCAGCACAAACAGGGGAGUGCAGAAAGUGUAGAGAGGAGAAAAAGAGAGGCAAAAAAUGUGAAAUAUGUGAAAGACGCAAAAAACGCCAUUCACGUGAAGGACGCGGAAAAGGCGAAACACGAACACGGGGAGGAAGAAGAGCAAGAAGAGGAAGAAGAGGGAGAAGAAGAGGAUGACACUGAAGACGACGAGGAAGACGAUGAUGAAGAAGACGAUGAUGAUGAAGAAGAAGAUGACGAUGAUGAAGAAGACGAUGAAGAUGAAGAAGAUGAUGAUGACGAAGAAAAUGAAGAUGAAGAAAAAAGAAAAAGUAAUGACAUUAAUAAGGUCCAAUCCAGAAAAAAAGAAAAGCAUCCAAAAAGUGAACCAUUCAAUCUAGACUAUAGCAACACAAUCCAAUUUUACAAUUUUCUAACUGAUAAAAAUAAAGAAAAAAAAGAUAAAAAUAGCAGUUCAAAGCAAGAAAGAUACCGGUGUAGCAAUUUAAAGAAGGAAAAAAAAUUAAAAAUGAGUCAUACAUAUGAAGAGCUCCUAUCGGAUCAUCAUGAUUAUACGUCGUUAAAAGUAAAUUAUAAAAUUAACAAAAAAAGUCAUUACGAUAAGACGAAAAAAAGACCACACAUGUCCAUAUUCAUAAGUGAAAAUAAGGAACGUACUUUAAAUAGGAGUAGUAUCUGUACAGAUAAUGCAAGGUUUAUAAAUUUCCUAAAUGAUAAUGAAAAAAAUGCCCAUUAUUUUAAGAAUCGAAAACGAUUCAAGAGUAGACGAACAACGCAAAAAAAAGCUACUAUAAAAAUAAAAGGAAAAAAUGAAACCAAAGAAACGUUAGACAAUUAUAUACUAAAUGUGAAUGAGAAGAGUAAGUAUAAUGAAAUAAUGUCCAGCGAAAAUGUAGACAAAGUCAAAAUGCCGCUGAAGUAUUAUCCUGCCGGCAAAGAAACGGAUGAGGCGUACGUAAGCGAAUUACAAGAUGCUGAACAGAAGAAACAAAUGAAGGACGAAGAACGCCAAAAGAAUUAUGCAAGCACCGUUGAAGAGGAAAAAAAAAUUAUAAAAGAAAAAAGCAAAGUUAAAUCUUCUAUACAGUCUAACCGAAAAUUUUCUAUAUUCCAAAGAAAAGCGUUAAGAAAAAGAAAGGAAAAAAUUAUUAUUUUUUUAAAUCAUAAUUAUUCUGCGUGUGAAAAUGGACAAUUUAAUGACCAUUUUUACAGAACGAUUCAUAAAAAUGAUUUGGAAAAUUUAGAAGAAGAAAGAAUUUAUAUUGACACUAAUAAAGAAAAUACAAUAAAGAAAAUUAUCUAUAGAAUCUUUCCUCAGUUUUCCAUUUUCAGUUUAAUCCUCUACGUUACUUUCAUCCAAUGGGUAAUAUUCAUUCUGCUUAUAUCCAUGAAAUCUGAUUUGACCUUAACCCCAUCAAACGAUUCAUUAAAAAAUUUUGGAAGCAAUUUCCCACACAAUAUUUUCAAGAAGGCCGAAUUUUAUCGCCUUUUCACAUCUCUAUUUUUACAUUCGAAUUUUAACCACAUUUGUGCAAAUACAUAUGUUCAGUUAACCGUCGGAUUCUUGUUAGAAUAUCUGUAUGGGACAUAUGUUGUUUUUUUAGUAUACGUGUUUACGGGCGUUUUUGGAAUAAUUUUAUCUUCCCCCUUAACGUACUGUUACUCGACCACCGAAAGCAGUAGCAGCUCCUCAGGAAUUAUUGGAAUUUUUUUUUCAGAAAUUUUAAUGAUGACAAAUUUUAAUGUGGAUAAAAUUAGCAUUAGUAUGCAUUUAUUUUGUUUUUUUCUCCUCCUCUUAUUUCUUAAAUUUUCUUUAAAUACCGUUAGUAUUAAUAUAUACAGCCACUUUUUUGGUUUCUUGGGAGGCUUUUUAAUCGGCAUAAUAUUAAAGCGUAACCAACUCAAGUACUUUCUGAAAAAUAAUUUACUAAUUCAAAUAUUGUCCCUGGUCUUCCUGAUAGUAAGUUUAGCGGCUGCUAUUUUCAUAUCAACCUAUGUCGUGCAGAGUUGUCCAAAUUAA